GUUCACGAAAGGCUCCAGACGGUCGGCGAGAGUUAAGGAAAUAAAAAUCUUUCACUACAGUAUAUUUAUGCGAGUAUUGGAAAUAGUGAUAAUUUAUUGAACUUCAAUCCAUUUAAUUAUAUACAUAACUCAUAUAUUGUUGACUAGUGAAAGUAUAAUUUAAUUGUUUGAAACAAUGCAAAGUGUUUUGAACACUGUGAAAGGAACAGCCCUUAAUGUGGCAGAGUAUCUUACUCCAGUUUUAAAGGAAUCUAAAUUUCGAGAGACAGGUGUUUUGACGCCGGAAGAAUUCGUAGCCGCUGGAGAUCACUUGGUGCAUCAUUGUCCAACUUGGCAGUGGGCUGCCGGUGAUGAAUCGAAAACAAAAACAUAUUUACCUAAAGACAAACAAUUUUUGAUUACUCGAAAUGUGCCUUGCUAUAGGCGUUGUAGACAAAUGGAAUACGUGGGUGAGGAGACUGUAGUUGAAGAGGAAGGUGGUGACGGUGGCUGGGUAGAAACGCAUCAACUAAACGAAGACGGCACAGCAGAACUCGAAGAAAAAGUGUGUGAAUUGACAUUUGAUGAAAAUAAAGAUGAAAUGCGUACUCCAGAUGAAGACAAAGGUGCGAAUGGCGCCGCACUUAUUGAUAACGAUAGCGAUGACGAAGAAGAUGACGAGGCAAUAGAUAUGGAUGAAUUUGAAGAAAGUGGUAUGCUGCAAUUGGUAGAUCCCUCUGUGGCCACUACAACACGUAAAUUAGAUACGGAAGUCGGAAUAAAAAAAUCAAAUUCUGAUGAAGCAGCUACUGGAGGUGCUGACGCAACCGAUUCAGUGUUGCAUACACGCACCUAUGACUUGCAUAUUACUUAUGAUAAAUAUUAUCAAACACCAAGACUUUGGGUGGUCGGUUAUGAUGAGAAUCGAAAACCUUUAACUGUCGAACAAAUGUACGAGGAUGUUUCGCAAGAUCAUGCUAAGAAGACUGUAACAAUGGACAGCCAUCCGCAUUUGCCAGGACCCAAUAUGGCUAGCGUGCACCCAUGUCGUCACGCUGACAUUAUGAAAAAGAUUAUACAAACUGUUGAAGAAGGUGGCGGUGAGCUGGGCGUACAUAUGUACUUGAUUAUUUUUUUGAAAUUCGUGCAAACUGUUAUACCGACCAUCGAAUACGAUUUUACUCAAAACUUUAAUAUGUCUUAAACCAUUUAUUUAUAGUGCUGAAACAAGGCUUUUGAUCACUACAUAGGCAAUUUUAAAGUUAAUUAUAAGAUUUAAACUUGGAAAGCUGCUAAAAUUGCUUAUGCCUUAGAAAUAAAUUUUUUGUAUAUGAUUUAUUAAACCACUUUAAAAUAUAUAUGUUUUUGCAAGAAAAUCCGCACAUCAUAUAUAGUUUGAAAAUAAAGUAUAGGAUUAUAAGAAAUAUAGCUUAAAUCUUGAAAUGCACGAGAAAUGGCAAAAACAA